AUGGACAAUGCACAUCCAUUAAGUACUCUUAUGGUUGUUCGCUCACUUGAAGUGACUAAAGAUCCAUUCCGACCUCAAGAAGAGAAUAAAGAGCUACUUGGUCCUGCAGUACCAUACCUUAGUGCCAUUGGUGCACUUAUGUAUCUUGCUAACACUACAAGACCUGAUAUAGCAUUUUCUGUUAAUUUGCUAGUAAGAUAUAGCUCUUCUCCUACAGGAAGACAUUGUAACGGAAUUAAGCAUAUACUGCGAUAUCUAAAAGGUAAUAUUGAUAUAGGUCUGUUUUAUGCUAACAAAGGUAGUACAUAUCUUGUUGAUUAUGCAGAUGUAGGUUAUUUAUCUGAUCCAUACAAAAUUCGAUUUCAAACAUGCUAUUUGUUUACAUGCGGAGGUACUGCUAUAUCAUGGCGAUCUAUAAAGCAGUCCAUUGUUGCUAUUUCUUCAAAUCAUGCUGAGCUAAUAGCUAUUCGUGAAGCAAGUAGAGAAUGUGUGUGGUUGAGAUCAGUGAUAAAUCUCAUCAGAGGAAGGUGUAGCCUGAAGUGA